AUGGUCCUGAUGUUUUGGUGUUCGUCCAGUCGGGAAACAGAAAAAAAUGCAGCCAAUCAGAGUUCUUUGUCCUGCAAGAAGGUGUCGAAAAAGAAAGUCUCUGUGUUGCAGACGGUGCUGGUCAGUGCUGGUCAAUGUGACUCGGUGUUUAAAGGUUUCUCGGACUGUCUGCUUCAGUUGGGGGAGAACAUGGCGCACUAUCCCCAGGACCUGGACGACAGGGAUAACCUGCACAAGAUCUGCAGUUACUGGGAUAACUUCCACUCCUGUGCCACGACAGCGCUGGCCGACUGCCAGGAGGGAGCGACGGACCUCUGGGAGAAACUGAAAAAGGAGUCCCGCAACCUGGAUUUCCGUGGGAGUUUGUUUGAACUCUGUGGCGGCGGCAACGCGGCCCCCAGAUCAGCUGACGCCAGGGGCCUCGCCUUGGUCCUAACCACACUGCCCACCAUACUGACUUGGCUGGCGUUUUAACAGAAAACGAGGAGAAACAUACAAAAAAGUAAAAAAUAAAGGAAAAAAACACAAAGAAGAAAAAAAGGAAAAACACAAAUGAAUAAAGAAAAUAGAAAAAGAGUGAUAGCUUCGAAAAUAACUGAAAUCGUCACCAGAAAACUACACCCAAAAUGGAUUUUUACUACAUCACUGUACGGCGGUCUGUUUUGCCUUCGUGGGACAUCUGCAGGCCGGCCGCCUGGAGCGCUCAUCCAAUCACACGCUGACCUGACCCGGAGGUCGAUGACAUGAAAUAUUCAACACGCCGUCGAGCUGAAAUGAUGACAAUGAUGAAAAUUUGAUGGAUCCUCGCCCGCUUACAAUCGUGGAAUUACACAGUAUUAAAGUCAACCAUGAAUUAUUGAUGUUUAGUAGGCUAGGCCUGGACAGCACUACGUGACUGCUGGGUGCUGACACAGUAUCAGGCUAUAUAUUAAGGUCCCCAUAUAGCCUGAGGUACGCAUUCAUGUGCAACGCGAGGCCGAGCUUUAACGCCACAAAAUCAAUAAGACGAGCCGAGGCCGAGAGCCCGUUUCAGACCGGUCGCCUCAUCUCCAUCACGGACAGUUUUUCCUUUUUAAAAAAUAAUAUUGCGCCAAGUUGACUGUGUUGAGCCCGGUAGGUUUGAUGGACUGGAUGCUUGAUUGUGAUGUAAUAUUUGUAUUCUUAUUGGCUGUUUAUCGUGCUCAGGCCAUGGUCACACCAGCUUUUAUCACGGCGGCAUUUUGCACCAAAAAGUCAAGUUCAGUCGGUAAAGUCAUUGACGCAAAACUGCGACGAUUGACCUUUGACACGAGCAGCAUGGCUUCCAGUCAGUCGUGUGCCAGCUGUAGGCGUGUUCUUAAAUUUAUAGUAUCCUACUUUUGGUUUUUGAACCGGCUAGCUUGCAGCCCCGCCAGCUACCACCUAACGCCACGUAGAGAAAUCUCACUCUGCCGGUUUCUGGUGUGACCGUAGCCUGCUUCUUCCCCGCCGAGCUCUGAGGUGCAGGGAUGUAGGCUAGUUGAGAGUAAAACGCCUGCUUUUCAUUAAAAAUAACAAUUUAGACUGAUGUUAAAAUGCAUGAUGGCACUUCAGACGGUCUCAAAACAUUUCAGGAAAUGAGCACAAACUCCAAAAAUGGUUUAGUUGACUCCAACGCGUCCUUAAUCCACCUGCCAAGGUAACAUUAACCUGGUUCACUGACCCAUUUUCAGAUAAUUAGGGUUAAAUCGACCCCAUGUCCACACCCAAAAACCCAGUAAAAUUUGGCACUGAUGCUAAAAUGCAACCAAUUAGCUGACUACAUAUUAUUUAGCGUCCAAAAUAGAUUGGUUCAGAUUUCAUUUUAGCCGUUUUAGCUAACAUCAAAAGCUCAAUAUAGCUGCUAAACCAGUUCCAGCUAGCUAAUCUUGUUUGGCUGCUGAGAGGCCAAAAAAACAAAAACAAAAAACAAAAAAACAAUGCUUUGGUCGAUAGUUCAGUUUAGCAGCUAAACCAGAUUGUGAAAGCUAGCUAACUGUUAGUUUAGCAGCUACUGAGUGAUGUUUUCUAACAGAUUUAAUUAGCUAAUCUGGCCUAAUCUGGUUUAGCUGCAAACCGGCUAAAACAGACAAUGUUUGGGUAAGAAGCUAAACUGAAUUAUGUUCGCUAACCACUUUGUUUAGCCGCUAAGAUUAGACCAGGUUAGACCAGGUUAUAGCAAUUUGAGGAUAAAUUUGAGCAAAUAGCUCAGUUUAGAUGCUAAACCAGACCGAUGGAAACUAGCUAAUAGUUAAGUUUAGCAGCUGAAACAUGCUGAGUCAUGUUAGCUAACAGUUUGAUUUAGCUAACCUAAUCUGGUUUAGCAGCUAACAUUUUAGAGGCUACAAAAUAUUCGCAGCUAAAGCAGAUUAGAUAACGUUAGCUAACAGUUUAGCUGAGUAGCUAAAACAAAUCAUGUCUGGCUAGCUUACCAGUUGGUUUAGCAGCUAAACUAGAUGGACAAAGACUAGUUAACAGGUCAGUUAGUAGAAGAACCAGAUUAAGUCAGGUUAGCUAACAGUUAAAGCUAGCAGCUAAAAUGAAUUGUUUUAUAU